AUGUAUGGGGAUAAUUUCAAGCAGUGGUUCGUAAAGAUUUUGCCAUCACUAGAUGAUAAUUGCGUUAUCGUCAUGGAUAAUGCUCCUUAUCAUUCGGUGAAAGAGGAGAAAGUGCCUAAUACAACGUGGAAUAUACCUGGUAUCAUAAAUUGGCUGCAUGAAAAAGGAUUCCAAUAUGCAGAUACGAUACUGAAAAUUCAGUUGCUGGAUGUCUUACAGGAAGUGAAACCACAGUACGAUAAGUACGUCAUCGACGAAAUAGCGAAAAGGGCCAAUAAAACAGUUUUUAGGUCACCACACUGCUACUGCGAACUAAACCCCAUUGAAUUGGUCUGGUCGAAAGUUAAAGGGUACGUAAAGUCCAAUAAGUUCACUUUUAAAAUCGAAGACGUGAAUCAGUUAUUACAUGAAAGAGUAGGCACCGUCACUCAGGACAACUGGACCAAUUACGUGAAACAUACCAUAGAAGCAGAAAACAAAUUAUGGCGAUUGGAUGACUGGAUUGAGGCCGUUCUGGCAGAAAUUGGGCCCAUUAUUAUAAAUGUUGGGUAUGACACAAGCUCUGACAGUGAAUCCUUUUUAGACAGCGAUCAAGAAGAUCCUGAAACUAAUUGA